AAACAAAUUUAGAAAAUUGAAUUACUCCCUUUAAAAAAUUACGAAUUUACUCAUAAAAUGGUCCUUUUUUCACGUGAUCUCUAACAAAACUGAAGAAUUUUAAACAAGAUGACUUCUAAAAUCGACAAGAACGCUCUUGUUUUUUCCGCACAACUGCAACUCAAAAAGUACGGCGAAUUCUUGGAAAGUUACAGCCAAUCUUUAGACACGUUGUUGGAUCAACAUUCGAAUUCCCGUAAAAUUGGCAGCAACAGCAUUUGUUCCGUCGUGAAUGAUGACUCGAACGAGGCAACGACACUUUUUCAAAUAAUUGAUUCGGAUAACAAACUUUUGUCGAAGAUUAUUGUGACUUUUGCCUCAUUAUUCGACGAUUGUCGUCAAAUCAAGGUCGAAGCACGUGAAUUACAGCACAAUUUCGUAUUGAUGGAUGAAAGUCUCGCCGAAUUGGAGACUCGUUGCAGUGACAAAUCACAGCUAAAAAGUACUUGUUUGUCGCACGUUCAAUUCGGAAAUGUCUUGGAAAUGCUUUUUCGCGUCAAAUAUUUCGUCGAACAUGUGACAAAUGUAAUUUGUUUGACGCUUCGACAACUUGCGGCACUCUUCGAAGUCGAGAAACAAUAUCUAAAAGUAUCAAAAUCGAUCCAUUUCCAAUCAGUUUUUCAUCAUAUCGGGGAGUUGCUCGUCAUUGUCAUCACAUUUCAAGAGCUUUUGCAACACGCCAGUCUCAGCAAUUACUGGCAAUUUUACAAACAGGCGAUAAAUUCGAUAAAAUACAACACGGACAAGUUCAAAUUCGAUCAAAAUGGCGUCCGAGGAGUCGAAAAUAUCCUCUUAGAGCUUGAACAACUCCUCCUUGGCGACGUUUUCGAACAACUUUUGACUGCGGUGAGCAAAAUAAAGAACGAAACUAAUCCAAAAACUUUGGGAAUUUUUUCGGGACACGUUUUUUCCUACAUUAAAACAACUUUGUACGAGAUUAGUCGAUGCGAUUCGGAGUUUCAUGAGAAUUUUGAAGCUUUUAAUUUGAUAAAAGUUACUUCGGUUGCUGUUUUGUACCAUCAUCUCUUUGGAAAUCUCGACAAAAGUCUCUUCAGACAAACGAUCGACAUGAAUUCAAAAUUUUGUGUCGUAAAUCUUCUUGGAAAUCAAUUGUGGCUUGCUGAAAAGUUCCUUAAUAAGCAUGUUGCGGUAUUGAUGAAAGGUGAAAGAUUGACUUUGGAAAUUCAGAAAAAUCGUCAAAGUUAUUUGACGAAAAGGAAUCAAGGCAUUUCGAAGGAUGUGAAGCAAUAUUUCACCGCUGUGACUUUAUGGAAUAUCAAUUUGCGGGAAAUUUUGAAGGAAAAAACUGUUAAAGGAGAGAAUAUCAAAAAUUUAAGUGCCUCGAUUUUGGAAGGAGUUCAUCUGGGGACUCAAAUUUCGCAUAUUAUUCGAACAACAACCAACUUACAUGUCUUUUUAUCGGUUCGCAUGUCAAAACAAACCCUUUUUAGCAUCACAAAGCUCUUGGAACUGCUGCAAACAAUCAAAAUCAUCUUUGAAACGUGCAACAACGACAUUAUCUCCUCUCUCCAUUACAUCAGUCAACACACAUUUUACAAAAUUUUAACGGCAAUCACAAACGCAAAGCAAAAAUUGAACUCCUCAUCCAUAAACGAACGUCAUUUAGACAUAAUUUCUGCAUUGCAAAUCGCUGAAAAGGCAUUUUACGGUGCCCCGAGUGUCAAACGGAUGUACAUAGGACGUCUCGCACUCGCAGCAGCUGAUCCCGAAAAGACUUUCGACUCCGAUUCCUUAACAGCAAUCGACAAAUACUUGCGAGACGCGGAAAAUAUCGUAAAAAUCAAAACCCGCAUCGACCAAAUUUGUGAUCCGAGGUUCUUAUAUUGGCAUAGUUCGAUAAUUCCGUUGCAUUUAAGGAGCAUUUAUGAGGCAAAUGUUAAAAUUGAGACACUUCCGUUGCUGAUUCAAGCCACAAAUGAAUGUUAUGAGAGAUUUUUCGCUGAAAAAAGGGAAAUUGUGUCAAAUUCUACGUUGGAGACAUUUCGAAAAGACACAAAAAGUGCUUUGGAAAAGGAAAUAAUGCAAAAAUUGUGUCAAGAAAUUGAAAUUUUUCUCCGUUUGGAUUAUCAUUCGAACCUGCAGCUCGAGAAAUAUGAUCCUUUUGUGUCAAGUAAGGUAUUUCAAACGAUGAAAGCUUUAGCAUGGGUCGAACCGAUGAAACUUUUUGGGAAAAAAAUUUUGCUCAAAGAUCAUAUCGAGCAAUAUUUGAACGCAACUUACUAUAAUUUGACGACAAUUUCCCUGCAUGACUGGAAAACUUAUGGAGAAAUGCGAAAAUUGCUGAAUUUCAAAUUUUCUUUGACCACAACUGCUGAUCAUUUGCCGACUCAAACGUUGGAGCAGGGACUCGAUAUUUUACAAAUUAUGCGGAACAUCAACGUUUUUGUGACAAAAUAUUUGUACAACUUGAACAACCAAAUUUUCAUCGAGCAAAGCAGUAAUAACAAAUAUUUGAACACAAUUAACAUCACGCAUGUCGCAAACAGUCUCCGGGCGCAUGGAAGCGGCAUCGUGAAUACAACCGUAAACUUCACUUAUCAAUUUUUGCGGAAUAAAUUUCAGGUUUUCUCCCAAUUUAUGUUCGAUCAACACAUCGAGUCACGUUUGUUGAAGGAAGCAAAGUACAUUAAAGACCUUGCUGAUGCCGAUUCGAAGCCGUAUCCGUACGAAAGAGCCGACAACUUGAGUCGCAGCAUCAAAAAAUUGGGAAUGUCGCCGCAGGGCGUCAGUUAUUUGGACAUGUUUCGAAGUCUCAUCAGCCAAAUCGGGAAUGCCUUGGGUUAUGUGAGGAUGGUUAGGUCGGGAGCGAUUCAUUUUACGGCUGAUGCAAGUACUUUCCUCCCGGAAUUGGAUGAAAAUUUAAAAUUUGUCUUUUUGGCGAAGGAAAAUGGAUUGUCACGAACUACAAUUGAAGCGGCGGAGGAUCUGGAAGCAAAUAUUGAAAAUAUUUCAAAGACUUAUGCGGAAGGAGAUGAAUAUUUUAAGCUUCUCGUUGACACCUUCGCUCCAUUUUUCCGCAAUCCGAAGCACAUUCACCUGAAAAACUUUUAUCUCAUCAUUCCCGCGUUGACUCUCAACUACAUCGAGCAUAUGUUGACUUCCAAGGACAAACUCACGAAGAAAGAUCAAACAGGUGCCUUAUUUACGGAUGAUGGAUUCUCCAUUGGACUUGCUUAUAUUUUGAAAUUACUCGAUCAAAUUACGGAUUUCAAUGCGUUGCAUUGGUUCAAGUCGCUGCGACGAAAAUAUAUCGCGGAACUGAAGGAAUUGAAUGAAAAACGGGCGAAUCAGGGAGCGUCUAAUGACGACGAAAAACUACAACAAACGUUUGCGUUGACCGAAAAACGAAUAACAGCAUUCCAGCAAGAGUUUGAAUUGCUCUUUUACAGCCUCAGCAGUGCCAAAGUUUUUUUCCAAUAAAAUAUGUGGAAAUUUUCUUAUAUAUUAUAUAUAUUUGUAUUUGUACUCAUUAAUCAUAUAUUUUUCAAGAAAUAAAGUA